CAUGGCUUCCAUCACAUUCUGGUUAAGGAGGAAGAUCGGCCAAAGACGGCCUUUGUAUUGUUUGAAGGCACGUGGCAGUGGGUUCGAUGUCCGAUGGGGAUUUGCAAUGUGCCGACCACGUUUCAGCGAGCCAUGAAUGUCACCUUUCAGAACUUCGUCAACAAGACACGGUUAACACAAGGAAUGAUCAACUUCUGCGUCAUCGUGUACAUGGACGACAUCCUGGUCUAUUCAGAGACCUAUCACGACCAUGCACAACACAUCGAGUGGACACUGGGUGCUCUAAGAGACGCUGGAUUCAAGAUUGCGCUCGAAAAGAGCGAAUUUUUCCUUUCGGAAAUUUCGUUCCUAGGCUACAUCGUAACACGUGGAGGACUGCGGCCUGACUCGAGAAAGGUCGCGGUGGUGAAGGAAGCUCUUGUUCCCACGUCACUGACGCAGUGGUCAGCGUGCCUGGAGGAACCGGGAUGCGGCCGCAACCCGCCAUCACAGCGGAAUUAUCUAAACCCAUGGGAAAUUAUUGAUCUCUCCUUUUUCCGGGAUCGAACGGCCUCCGAAGACGAGGAGAUAGUGAUUGAACAAGAAGAGGAAGAAAGCGAAGAAGAAGCUGCGGAGGAGGGCGACAAGGAAGAAACCCCAGAAGAAGGGAGUUACAGUGAACACAACGAAGGGGAGCAGAGUGAGGAGGAGGAAGAAGAAGAAGACGAGUUGGAACUGGAGGAGUCUGAGUGGGAGAUCUCGGCGGAGGAAGCGGAGCAACCGGACAUUAGGGCAGAAGACCCCGAGGCGGCGCGCAAGAGAGAGGAGAUUGCCGCCGGAAAGUGGCAGCUAGAAUUCGCUAGAGGGGCAAAUCUGCAGAUCGCCGACGAUCCGGCCCGAGAUCCGGAGCCACCCAAGCCCGAAGAUGGAGAACCGGCGGCUGAGACUUCGACCACACCAGCAAGGCAGCGACGAAGCCGAUCCCCCUCCCCCUCCACCCCCGACCGUCCACCAGUUCAAGCCCGUGCGGAUGCGGGCCAUCGGGCUUCGUCCCCGGUCGUUAUCCCGCCGUCCCCUUGACCAUCUCACCCUCCGCCAAGCCACCACCCGCG